AUGUGUAGUAAUGGAGCCUAUCUUGGAGGGAACUCCUGGCAAUGACCACAGUACAAUGAGGCAGUAAGUAAUAGAUGACAGUGUGGUGCUCUAAACAAAGUGCUGUAAGAGCAUGAAGGAGGGAGUAACUACCUCUUGUGGGGAGUGCUCAUCAAAAGCUUCACGAAGAGUCAUUUGGUCUACUCCUUAGAUGAUUUGUGGAGGCCAUAAGGUACAUCAGAGAACAAACAGUGGAGCCUCUCAAAUCUAAAGGUCAUUUCUGAAACAGAACUCAUGGAGCCAGAAGCUGGGACCAACAAAACUGCUGUUACUGAGUUCACUCUACUGGGCCUUGUGGAAACAGAAGAGAUACAGUCUGUGGUCUUCGUGCUCUUCCUCUUCGCCUACCUGGUCACAGUAGGGGGCAACCUCAGCAUCCUGGCCGCCAUCCUGGUGGAGCCCAAACUCCACACCCCCAUGUACUUCUUCCUGGGGAACCUAUCGGUGCUGGAUGUUGGAUGUAUCACUGUCACUGUUCCUGUAAUGUUGAGUCAUCUUCUGUCCCAUAGGUUUAUAAUUUCCUAUGAUGCCUGCCUUAUACAACUAUUCUUCUUCCACCUUCUGGCUGGGAUGGACUGCUUCUUGUUGACCACUAUGGCCUAUGACCGGUUCCUGGCCAUCUGCCGGCCCCUCACCUAUAGCACCCGCAUGAGCCACACGGUCCAGAGGAUGUUGGUGGUUGUGUCCUGGAUCUGUGCCAUCACCAAUGCACUGACCCACACUAUUGCCUUAACUACUCUCAAUUUCUGUGGCCCCAAUGUGAUCAAUCACUUCUACUGUGACCUCCCACAGCUCUUCCAGCUGUCCUGCUCCAGCACCCAACUCAAUGAGCUGCUGCUCUUUGUAGCAGCAGCCUUUAUGGCUGUGUCCCCCUUGGUCCUCAUCACUGUGUCCUAUGCCCAUGUAGUCGCUGCGGUGCUACAAAUCCGCUCCGCAGAAGGCAGGAAGAAAGCCUUCUCCACAUGUGGCUCCCACCUCACCGUGGUGGGCAUCUUCUAUGGGACGGGUGUCUUCAGCUACAUGAGGCUGGGUUCAGUGGAGUCUUCAGAUAAGGAUAAAGGUGUUGGGGUUUUCAUGACUGUUAUCAACCCCAUGCUGAACCCACUUAUCUAUAGCCUCAGAAAUACUGAUGUUCAGGGUGCUCUGUGCCAGGUACUCAUGCGGAGGCGGUCACUGACCUGAGAGAAGAUAGGGUCCCUCCUUUCCUGCCUUUUGUGGACUGAGGAAAUUUGCCAGAGCAACCAGGAAAACUUUUCUAUAACUUUUUUUUUUCUAUCUCCUGAUUCCUGAGGAGUGGUGUUAUGUGUUUGUCCUACAAGAAAAUACUAUAUGAUUCAUUUAUUUAUUCAUUCAACAAAUAGUAAAAUUACUUUUAUGAUCUAGACAGUCUUCUAGGGCAUUGGUGAGCAAAUCAGACAGAAGUCUCUCCAGUCAAGAAAAUCACAUGCCAUAAAGGUAAACAAAAGAAAUAAAUAAGCAUUCUAUAUAGCAUACCACAUGGUGAUAAGUUCUAUAGAAAAAAAUAAAUAAUAUAGGGAGAUAUAAAGUUAGGUUCUGCCAAGCAAGCCUCCUCGACAAGUUGCUACCUUGUUUUUGGCUGUGUACACUUUCUGGGCAGAGUUGAAACUUCGGCAGUCCUGCAUUCCUGAGCAGCAAUGUCCUACAGGGCAGGGCCACUUGGUUAAUCACAGUCUAAGUAACCAAGAAUAUCACUGCAAAGUUUCCUUCUGUUAGGGAUGUGACAUUCCCUCCAGAUCAGUGUGGAAAGGUGUUUUAAACCAUGGGUCCAGUGCCAAGAAUCAUUUCAUUUUACUGUUCACAUAAAAUAAGCUCCUUCUCUUCUCUACCACAUAAGAAUCCCAGAGGAUGUUUCAGGGUCAGGUAGGGUCUAGAGAAAGAGUUCACUAAAUAAAACUACAUUAAUGCACACAUGGUAUAUCUUAAGAUCAACAAAGGAAUGUUCCAUUUCCAUCCCCUGCCAUAUCUUUCUCGCUUACUUGAUUUCACCUCCCCCACACAUAAGAUAAGACCUUUGAAGGAGUAAGCAUUUAUAUUCCAAGCAGGUCUUUAGAAUUUUUAUUGUGGAAUGUCCAACAUACCCUUCUCCAAAGUCUUACUUUUCUCUCCCAAAGCUCCUAGCUAAGAAAAUAUUCAUAAAUGUAGUCCCUGAGACUGAUGCCUCUUUCUGACUUUAUGUUUAUUAGUAAGUACAUCAGUUCAGCUCCAACCCAGAGUAUUUCUUCCUCUUGAUGUUUAUCCAGCCUUCAGCCCAUUCAUUCCCGAUUUCUCUCCAGCCUGUCUGGGAGGGCUACUUACAGGAAGACAGGAGGAAUAAGUUCUAGUGUUCCAUAGCACUGUAG